CGAAGCAACCUGGCGACAUUUGCCAGGAACGAAACGAAGAAGACAAGGUAGGAGCGAAUGGUAACAGCUUCGACGGGGGGUAAUUUGGGAGUUGGGAUCUUUUCCCACUCAUCCCCGAUACUGUCCCUGGGUUCGAUCACCCGGGCCGUUUGCUUUCUGGGAAUCCUGGUCCUGCUCGUUCUUGGUGAUGGCAAUGGGAAGCCACCGACAUCACGGAAAGAACGAGGAGCAGGAAACCACACCAACGUGAUCGUGUUCCUGGCGGACAAUCUCGGUUACGACGACGUGGGAGUUUUUCAACAAACGCAUCGGCCUCCAAUGACCGAUGGCAACAUCAAUGCCGACCGCAAAAACAAGAGAAAACCCAGUCGGACUCCCAACAUCGACAAGGCGGCCAUGGAGGGACGUCGCCUGCUCAAUUGGAAUUCCMCCGCGGUUCUUUGUUCGGCUUCCAGGGCUGCUCUUCUUACAGGUGAGUGAGGGAUGGUACGCUCUGCCAACCCGCCUUUUUUGAGGUCCGAAACGUGUUUGGUUGGAUGUUGGAAUGUGCCCKGGGAGGGAUGAGCCAGGACUCGGAAAUGUUGUACCACGGCACCAACCCAUUGCUUGUGUCGACUCGACUCUGCCCGAAUCCGCGCCGCUCGAUUCUUGUGGUUGUUUGUUGGUUCCGUUGCACACAAACCAUCCUUUGUUCUCCAGGAAAGUACCCGGUCCGCACCGGGAUUUAUCCACGGGUCUUCGAGCCGGACGCCGCCCACGGACUCCCACCGACCGAGACCACCCUCGCGGACCACCUGCGGGCCCUGGGCUACGCCACCAAGAUCGUCGGCAAGUGGCACCUUGGCCAGCGGCCCGAGUACCUCCCGACCCAGCGGGGCUUCGACGAGUGGUUCGGGAUCCCGUACCACAUGAGCGGGGGGAGUCUCGACGGCCAUCUCUGCACCGGAAAGGACCCGGGCGGGGCCAGGGAUCUGUGGCUGCCCCUGUACCAGGGGGAUUCCAUCGUGGAGCAGCCCGUGGUGCUGGAAGAUCUGGCCCAGAGGUACGUCGACGAAUCGGUCAAAUUCCUUCGGCAACACACGAGCAACGGAAAGAAUGCAAAGACCAGCGACAACGAAAGCGACGACGACGACCAAGGUUCCAGGCCGUUCUUCUUGUAUCUGGCCUUUAGCCACGUCCACCAAUUGUGUGCCCCGAAACAUUCCGAGUGCCAAUGGGCCUCGAACAAGGCGGGGCGCGACGGAUACCACGCCACGUUCGGGGACGCCGUCGAGGAAAUGGACUGGAUCGCCGGCCGGGUCCUGGAGGCACUGGCCGAGCUCGGGGCCGAGGAGAACACCCUGGUCCUCUUCACCAGCGACAACGGGCCGUGGACGGCCGAGCAGGAGUGCUCGGGAAGCAAGGGGCCCUUCCUGGGGACCUGGCUGGCCGAGCACUCCGAUCCGACCUGCACGGCCUGCCCCUCCGAGUACGUCCCCUCGCCGCUGCUCCCGGACCGGCCCCACCGCUGCGUCUUUCCGGUGGGCAGCAGCAGCAGCAGCAGCAUAAACGGCAACGGCAACGGCGGCCCGCACGUUUACGAGGUCGACGGCGUCCCCUGCGGGCAGGACACCGGCCUGGGGUCGGCCUGGGAGGCCAACGUCCGGAUGCCCGCCUUUGUCCGGUGGCCGGGGGGGGGCGUCGAGGCCGGAUCGGAGACGAUGGAGACGGUGAGCACCCUGGACGUGGUGCCGACCGUCCUGGGCCUCCUGGGGGAGGACCCCCCUUGCGGCCUCGACGGCGUGGACGCCUCGAGCGUGUUCCUGGGGCGGAGCGGGGGGACCGGGGACCGGGUUCUCUUCUUCUGGAGGGACGGCUUUGCGAGCGGGCCCCUCCCGCAGCCCUUUGGCCGGUUCGACGUCGUGGCCAUGAAGAUCGGUCCUUUCAAGCUCUGGUUCUGGACCAAGUCCUCCCACUACAACGCCGACCCAGAGGUCUUUCACGAUCCUCCCCUGCUCUUCCACGUCCUGGACGAUCCGGCCGAGGCCUUCCCGCUCGAUCCGGAGGAACAUUCCUCCCUCGUCGAAGAGGCCAGGCGGCUGCUGCAGGAGCACAAGGAAAGCGUGGACAAGGCGGAGCCGCUGUGCCUGGAGAGGGACGCCGCUUUUUUGCCCUGUGCCGACAAGGCCCGCGGCUGCCGGACGCACGGGGGGGCCCCGGGCAGCAGCAGCAGCAACCGUUUGGCCGAGGCCGACACGGGCUGGUCCCGAGAGGAGUAAGACGAAGAGAGAUCGCGCGGUCUACAAUUUUUGGGGUAAAACCAAAUCAUUCCAAAACGGACCGCAAUUUUCACGGACAGAGACCAGAAAAAUUAGAAGGAAGUCUCUCGAAACAAUACAACCAACAAGCUUCU